GCGGAAGCGGCGCGCGCCAGCCCCGGGAGCGAGACCCGCGCGCCGCCGCCCGCGCCAUGGCGGCCCCGGCACUGCCCCCGCUGCCGCCGCAGCUCAAGAGCAUCCAGCACCAUCUGCGGACCGCGCAGGAGCUGGACAAGCGAGAGCCCGUGGUGGCGUACUACUGUCGUUUGUAUGCAAUGCAAACAGGGAUGAAGAUUGAUAGUAAAACCCCAGAAUGCCGUAAAUUUCUAUCCAAACUUAUGGAUCAAUUGGAAGCYAUGAAAAAGCAAUUUGGUGAUAAUGAAGCAAUUACUCAGGAAAUUGUUGGUUCUGCUCAUGUGGAGAAUUAUGCCUUGAAAAUGUUUUUGUAUGCAGACAAUGAAGACAGAGCUGGGCAAUUUCAUAAAAACAUGAUAAAGUCCUUUUAUACUGCCAGUCUCCUGAUAGAUGUUCUAACGGUAUUUGGGGAGCUCUCGGAAGAGGUAAGUGUCAGGCAUAUGAGU